AUGGGAAAAGUAUCAAAGGUCAUCAUACCUUCUUGCACCGAUGGUCGGGAGAUUCUGAUUCCCGGGACAGACGAAGAUUUUGUAAAACUGAUGCCUGCUGCCGCAGCCGCUGGUGGCGUCGUUACCAGCGGCGGCGGUGGCAGCGACACCGGCGAAGGAGCGAGUACCAGCACUAGCUCCAUCAUGGCCGGAAGACGAGCCCUGAAGAGAAUGCCGUUAAAGGAAAUUCCUUUGCCUCUUACCUCUCCUUCGCUAUUCGAAUCUCCUAUUAUGUUGUUCAAUUCUUCUCAGUCACUCACAUCACCCACUACUGGAAGAUUUGUGAGAUCGUUUCAUGACGAUUCCGUCAAUUUCAUACACUGUGAAAAUGAUCAGGCACUGACAUCUCCCACGACCGAAACAUUUCUUGAAUCAUUUCAUGAUGAUUCCACCACUUCCAAACCUGUUGAAACAGGCUGUUCUGUUCUUCAAAAUGAGCAAACCGAUGUUGAAGAGGAUCAAGCUGUUUUCAUGGAGCAACAUUCCAAUGGCUUUGAGCUCCAAGUGGAGUUUCCUGAAGAAGCGACCACAAAAGACUCUGAGGAUUCAUCUAAUGGUGUGAAAGUCUCAAACAACAUGACGAUGAGGACAACAAUGGUUGAUGAUGAUGCCAAGUGUUUAAACAUGAAAAUGUCUCCUCCUGAUGUGACCUGCGAUCAAACUCCUGAUCUUUCCAGUAAACCUGUCCAUGGAGAAUACAACACCUCAAUUGAUAUAUCAGAAAGAAACCAGUUUGAUUAUUACUCCUCUGUGGGGGUGAGAACUUCAGAAGAUGGAUACAACUGGAGAAAAUAUGGACAAAAACAGGUAAAGGGUAGUGAAUAUCCAAGAAGCUACUACAAAUGCACUCAUCCAAAUUGUGAGGUGAAGAAAAAAGUGGAAAGAUCCCAUGAUGGUCAAAUAACAGAAAUCAUCUAUAAGAGUAAUCACAACCAUGCAAAACCUCAGCCAAACCGUAGACCUGGACUUGGAUCAUCAGCAUUCUCAUUUGAUGAGGUGCCUGAAGUAAGUGGAGGAAGUGGGAUUUCUGUGAAAGUUGAAGGUGGAUCAGCUUGGACAAAUAAUAUGGCAUCAACUUCAGUUAGUUUGGAUAAGAAGAAGAUCAAUGGUACUAAUGAAUUUGCAGGAACCCCAAAUGAACUUUCUGAUCCUUUAUCAAGUGUCCAUGGAAAAUCCAUUGAAUUGGGAGAAGCCACUCCUGAGGUUUCGACCACAAUUUGUGGUCAUGAUGAUGAAAAUGGUGCCACUCAGGGUAGUAUCUCAGUUAGGGAUGAUGAAGAUGAUGAUGAACCUGAAGCAAAAAGAAGGAAGAAAUUGAACUGCUCAUCAGUUGAAACAACAGCUCUGUCCUCGAGAGCUGUUCGAGAGCCAAAAAUAGUUAUCCAAAUUGAAACUGAUGGAGAUAUACUUGAAGAUGGUUAUCGUUGGCGUAAGUAUGGCCAGAAAGUUGUCAAAGGAAAUCCAAAUCCCAGGAGCUACUACAAAUGCACAAGUGUUGGAUGUCCAGUAAGGAAGCAUGUGGAGAGAGCCUCAGGCAAUGUACAAGCUAUAAUUACAACAUACGAGGGAAAACACAACCAUCAAGUACCUGCUGCUAGAAACAGCAGUAGCCAUAUCAACUCAACGAGUCCCAAUCCACCCAUACCACCUACUACUCCUAACAAUUCUCAGCCACCAAGAAACAUCACCAUUCCAAAACCUGAAGCACAAAUCCAUGGUCUUCCCCCUCUGUUCGACACAAAACCAGAAUUUUGCAACACUGAUUAUUAUUUGAGGCCAAGUUUUCCUGGGAAUUUCACCAAUGACUUCAGCUAUGGAGCUCAAUCCUUUUACCAGAUGAGCCUUCCUUUACAAAAUCCAUUGCCUUAUGGACUAAAUCCUAACCUCAUUGCUACUCAACAUGGUAGUAGCUCUGUUGGGUCAUUCAUGCCAGACUUUCCAGCUUCGUUUCCCUUCAGUUUUCCAAAUAUUGGUUUUGACUACAGUACUGGAAAAUCUGUUGUUGCACCAGUUGGUGAAAAUGACACAAGGUUUGUUCAACCUAAACAAGAACAAAAUGAUGAUGAGAUCACUUAUGAUGCUAAUACUUCAUCAUCAUCAUCAUACAAUCCGUUCGUGGGAAGAUUUUGA